AUGGGGAUAACAAAUGACAAAGGCGGCGAUGAAGUUAAAACGUUGAAAGAAGUACAAGCAGAAAAAAACGGUUACUUAUAUACAAGUGCAGAAGGUUACUUGCGUGAUAAACCAAAAUUUCAACGUACGCGGCGAGAAUAUUCCUAUUUACCGUACUAUGAAAAUAUCAAUCGGAAUGCUUUUUUUUGGUUGGAGCAGAUAAAAACAGGCCUGGCCGCUUCCACCUUAUCAUAUGCUGCUGAUUCAGGGAUUUCUUUUUGGAUGAACCAACUUAGCCAGAUAAGUGAAUAUUGUCCAGGGUAUAUCGAUUGGUCAUCCAAGCAUACGAUCAUUUUCUCAAAACUUUUGCGGACACUGAAUCUAAGUGUACGAUAUAAUAAAGUAGCAGUUGGCGAUGGGACAGGGAUGGGCUCUGAAAGUUCCGGUGCAGAAUGGAUCGUAUGGAUGCUAGGUGGAGUGAAUGAAAGUGCUCAUCAGUGUUUCGAACGAUUAAUCAAAUGCGUCGAAUCUUUCCUGCAUCCGUUGCACGAGGGUGGUCAUACGCCAACUCUACAGUCAUUUCUUGACGCUGUUGUCAAUGAAAUGGUGCGACGUGUCCGCACUGAACGAGUGCGACAAAAAACUAGGAAAAAGGUACCUUCGAAAAUGCGCCUCACGGAUGAACAGAUUGAAUGGUUCGUCAGCAUAUUGCUUCCGUCUGUACUUUAUUCAGUGUUUUCAACGACUGAAACAUCGACGUCUAACGUUAUGCGAAAUUUAGCAUUUCUCGCACCACAGCUAGUCCUACCGAAAUGUCUCGAUUUAAUCUAUCCAUCGCUAUCGACCACCACAGAACCGCAUCGUUUGAAGCAGUCACUGGAAUGCAUUGUUGAAAUUUGCGUGUCACUGGUCCGUGAUAAUGGUACCAAUAGUUAUCGAACAUACAAUGUUUGCAAGCAAAAUUGGAUUAAUGGUAUCAAUAAGAUCAAAGAGGAUAGGGAAUACAAAUCAACACCAUCGUCUAUUAUAAACGAAUCGGAGGUCCGUUCUGAUAAGUGUCGAGUACCACUGCGUGAACACGCCAUUUUUCUGCUUGAGGUACUGAUUGAAGCUAUCGACAUCAAUGAUUUCCAGAAACUCUCACUUUCUUUGCAGACAUUGGAAACCAUUUUCCAAUUAGUUCCAAUUGUGGAUUGCUCCGCUGCUCCCGAAAUGGAAAAGUAUAUGGAUUUAAGCGAAGAGGAGAAACAUCUUUGUAAAUUAACAUCACGGUUCCCAAAUAUCGUGCAGGACUUUGUGAAUAAAAUAUUCAAAGUAAUAACGCAACUAUCAAGCUCUGCUCCAAGUGAUGGCAUAUCAUAUGUGGAUUCUAUAUGUGAUAAUUCGGAGAUAAUAUUGAUUGGAAAUGAAGAAGCUGUGAUAAGUACAAGCAUGCAAAGCGCUUUUCAUGCAUUAUUCUCUAAUUGUUCAUCCAAUUUUGUUGAGCUAAUCGGUGAUCAGACCUACAAAUUCAUUUCUACGUCUGAAUUCGAAAACGUUAUUGCUGCCGAUGCUGCAUGCUCACUUAUGCAAGAAUCCAUUUAUGCCAAUCCGGUCCGUUAUUUUCCGAUGUAUGUUGAAUUUUUGUUGGAGAAGCAAAAACAGUGCGUAACAGAAGAGAAGAAAAUAUUGAAAGAACUUGAUGCAACGACGAUGUGGUUUACAUAUUUGUCGGAGAUGAUCUUCUCUGUGCCCAGUAAUUUGCUAUUAAAGUAUCAAAAGGAAUGUAUUCAAAUGCACAAAUGUACUAUGUCUAUGGUUUGUUAUAACGCAUAUCAGGGAUCAUGUUGGUCGCUUAAAAAUCUUUUAACACAGCUAAUAGAAAUUUAUCCUAUAUCAGAGGAAGAUAGACAACGUAAUCUGGACUUGCCAUUGCAUUUAUCUUUGCCUAUUAAGAAAUGGGGUGUUAAGUGUCUCAAAGAUGUUGUGACAAUAAAAUGGCAUAUCCCAACGGAUGCUGAAGUGGAUUUUGCAGAAAAAUUAUUAAAUGAAUUUGCUUAUUCCGAGGUUCAAUUACUCGCAGCGCCGGAAAAUAUGGAUAAAUUUGCAAUCAAGCGUUCAUUGUUCGUUGUCGAUAGCUUACUGUCCUGUGUUGGCAAUCGUCUUCCAAUUUUCAAUACAAAAGAAAUUAAGCUGAGUGAGACGAUUGUUGAUAUGGAUCCCAUACAUAUAACAUCUGUGUCACCGCGCAUGAAAAUGCUUUUUUUUAACGGUGAAAAUAUUCGAGAAAGAGUGCGUAUUACAAUGCAUAAUUUAAUGGAAUUUUUAUUGAACCAGCAGGACGAUCAGUCCAAGAAUCUUCUGCUCAUUUCUUCAGUCCUGCAAACAUUAUGUACUGAGGGAUCAUCACCGAGUUUUCGUGCGCGCAGAAAAAAUACAAGAAUAAAUUACAAUGACCCGAUACAGGGACGUCGUGCUGAACUGUAUGACGCUUUUGAACGGCGGGAUCUGUAUAUCAAAAAUUCCAAAUUCACCGAAUCACAUCUCAAAAUCAUGAAGGAUCUCAUCAAACUUGGGACAAAUUUUUUCACCGAUGUACGUAUCGCCUCUCAAACAACGCUGAUCAAACUAACAACAAAAUUUCCAAAUUCGAAAUGUUUGUUAGUGGACGAUGUGUUGGAGCAUUUAGAUCCAAAACGUAAUAUCAGUCAUGAAGAAAUGAAGGGUGCGCUGUAUAUUUUGAACAAAUGUGGGUUUUUAAUUUCAAAUACAAUUUCUACCCGAUGUAAGUGUUGGUUAGCAGUUGCAAAGCUUAAAGUUUCCGAGAAGCCGUCUAUAAUUGCUUUGGUACAACACUGUAUUGAUUCUGUUUCUGUGAAACAUUGGAUACUUGAAAGAAACAUCAAUUCAACAAACAUUCGUGUCAUUGCACAGGAGAUGCUUGCCGAUAGCAAUGCUAACAACAGAUUUUGUGCCAAAUACCAAGAACUAUCUUGCUUGCAGGCAAUUCUUACGUCAGAAAACAGAUUCAAUGAAAAGCAUGAAAAGAAUCAACAACGAAUAGAUGGUUUUCGCAAUGAACUCACCGAAAUAUGCAAAAAUAAGGGACAGCUGUACCAUUGGCGGCAAGUUGAUUCAGCGCGAACAUUCCUUUUCACGUUUCAUCGAAUUCUUUUCACGGCUGAAGUGGCAGAAGUAUUUGAUCCGCAUUUCAAAUAUGCAUGUGGUUUAAGACCUGAUAAUUUAUGCAUCGUUUAUGACCGUGCUCGGUUGCCAAAAGAUGAACAAACUUGGAACGAAACAAUAUUUGUAUCGAAGCCGCACUGGGGCGCUUAUCAGUGGCCAAGGAAAUUAAUGGUGUCAGCUCCAGCAAACGCGCAAACAGAACUGCAGCGCUCCGUGUCGGAAUUUAAUGAUGUUGAGAAAUUAAUACUUGAAUAUAUGAAGGAUGAACAAUUUCUUACCUUUUGGCAUGCUAUCCUGUUAAAAGAAAAGGAAGACAGUGAUGUAUUUUAUGUCAGCGAAUAUCGUUUUGUAAAAUAUUUGUUCCGAAACUUUGGUAACUCACUGGCACCGCAAUUUAAAAUAUUGCUAGAAUCAUUAUGUAGUUCGGAGAAUGAGCGUCCUGUUAUACGGCGCGCACAGACGAAACUUGCGGCAGUAUAUUGCGCUGGCAUUAUCCGUGGUUCAAGGAACUGGGUUUUCAAAAACCUGCAGGAGAUAUGGGUCUGGUUGAAACCUAUUAUUCUCUACCAAAUUGAAGGUUUGAUGUCAGAAACAGUAUAUUAUUGGGAUAUCGCACUGAAAUUUUGCUUGGAUGUUACCGAUGUGAGGAGAUUCCAUUGGCUCAUUGAAACAAUAUUUGAAAUUACUUUAAGGCCUGCUCCGACAACAUGGCAUCGAUGUGUACGAUUGGGUCUUAUACAGUAUAUUUCUUCAUGCUCAGCUUGGAGAACAACCGAAUUGUUAAAUCAAGUUAUACAAAUUGCAAAUGUUAUGAUUUCGCAGGCAUGGCUGGCACCGGAAAGAGAGCAAAUCGCGAAUAUAUUAUGGUUGCAUUUCGUAAUCAUCAAAAGCCUGAGAAGCCUUAGUUACUCUAGUAACGAUGGAAGUGUCUCAAAAAUUAAUUACAGCGUCCUUUCAUUUCCUGCUGUUUAUGGUUUUGCAAUGGGUGAUGAGAGCAAUAUACCAGUAAAAUACAGAAUUCCAAAGUUGGGAGAAAUAAUGGACAUAUUCGACACUCACAUUAAGGAAAUGAUGAAGUUAAAGAAAAUACAAAUAGGCAAGAGAGAUGCAUCUGCUGGAGUGCAAUCAAAGCUGAUAACAGUAUCAUCGUCACCACCAUUUGUUACUUCAUUGAAAAAUUCACUAUAUAUUAAGGGGAGAUUUAACAAUGAGAUUGCUACCAAUCCGAAUGUCAUAGGGCGCCAAUUGCAUAUUAAAACUCUGCUGAGAUUUUUGAAUGCAUAUUUCCUAUCCUGUUUCGUAGCUUUAUCAUCGCCUAUCAUAUCUCUCUUCCCGCUUAUAACCCAUCUAGCUGAUGAGGAAACAGCCGACAACGACGAGACAGAAGUGGUGAGGGAUGCCGAUUUGGCAGUUGGUGCAAGUGAUGUCUUGUUCCAAUCAUGGUCUGGUAUUUAUCUAUGCGAUGAACUUGCUGAUGAGAUGUUGAACAGUGUUGAACAAACGAUGAAUAAGAGUACGAGCUGGAAAGCAUGGGUAUCUAUAAUGAAAUUCCUUCAUGUAUUCGUAUUUUCAAACAUACUUGUUUGUGAAAAACAAGAAAGGCCUGAAAUCGUGCGACGAAUGGUUUAUAAUGCAAUCUGCCAUACACAACUUGAAGUACGACGAGAAGCAGCUGAUUGCCUAACAGCGCUAAUACACUGCGGUUUUCAAUCGCUCACAAGUUGUUACAUUAAGGAAUUAUUCGAGCUUACGAAUCAUAAGAUACUAAGCAAGAGACAUGGCGCUGUAUUGGCCCUAUCCGCAGUAAUUCGUGCUUUUCCAUUCACUAUUCCACCAUUGGUAUUCGAUAUGAUACCAAAGUACUGCCAGCUUGGCAUUAACUCUGAUUCUUUAACACGUAACACAAUAACAGAGACACUUCGGUCAUUUUUGCGCACUCAUCAUGAUAAGAUGAUUGAAACGGGUGAAAAGGAUGUGAUACAGAAAUUGCUCGUUUUCAUACAAAAUGUUAUUUCACCCAGUUACUAUGUGUGA